CAAUGCAUUGAACACAUGUGUCAAUCAUAAUGUGUUUGUAAUUGUAUUUAAAUUUUUUGUUAAAUUUUUGUUUAAAAAAAAAGUUUACAUUUUGUUUGUUGGAUCAGCUGUUGGAUCAAAUAAUAAUGGGUCGGACAAAGAAACUAUUCGACAAAAAGUCGUCGAUUAGAUUCAAAUUAGUCCACCGAAGCCAAAGAGAUCCGUUAGCAGCGGAUGAAACGGCACCGCAAAUGGUUUUGGUGGACAUGGAUGACAACGGCGGCGGCAGCGGUGGUACUGAUAGACAACGGCAACGAAUUGAAGAGCACCGGAAGUAUGGCAUACACUUCGAUGAUGACUACGACUAUCUGCAACAUCUGCGUGAUGUGGAUCAGGUGGCCGAAUGGCACGAAGUGGCCAACAAAGACAAGACGAAAAAGACUAAUCAGCCGAAGACCGCUAACAAUAAGACGUCUGGCGUUUCGUUGCCGUCGUCGCUGUUUCCGUCGGCUGUCGAAGAACGUGAAGGUCUGCUGAACAAAGCUGUACUGCCGGUUGGACCGCAACCCGAUUGGGAUCCGGAUUUGGUGGCCGCUAUGGACGACGACUACGAUUUUGAUGAUCCCAACAAUCAGAUGGACGACGACUUUAUUAUGCAAGCAGAAGGUGUGGAUGAAGAAGUGGCCAAUGAUGACGACGACGACCAAUGGGAAGAUGUUUCCGAUAGUGACUCUUCAACGGUCUGUGAUUCGGAUGAGGACAACGAUUCGGAUUCAUCUGGUAAUGGAUUUUCAGAUGAAGAAACUAAAUCACAUUUUACCAACUAUUCAAUGAGCUCUUCAGUGAUGAGACGAAAUAAUAACUUAACAAUUUUGGAUCAAAGAUUUGAAACCCUAUACGAAACAGAGUAYGCAAACGACUGCGACAUCGGUGGUCUUGAUUUGGACGAUAUCGAGGGACCGAUUCAGCCGAACAACAGUAAACUGUUGGCCGAUUURGCCGAAGAGUAUGCAAACAUGAAGAAUGUAAAACAAUUGUACGAAAAUGUGGAUAAAAAAGAGUUUUACGAGUUUUAUGAUAAUAAACGAGAAGAAGCCGAUAAUUGUGACAGUAAUCGGCCUAAAGAUAGAGGAGAAGUGUUAACCGAAAUCGAGAUCUACGAGAACAGUAAGAAUCGUGAGGACAGGUAUGACUGCGAGUCGAUAAUCAGUACCUACUCUAACCUAUAUAAUCGGCCAAAAAUGAUAAGCGAAUCCAACAAUAAACAGUCGUCAAGAAUUCAGAUCAAUGAACGAACCGGUCUACCCGUCGGUUGUUUCGAAAARCCKGGACUGACUGCCAAAAAGUUGGCCAAAUUGAACGCACUUAACGACGCCGCCGCCGACAACAAUGAUUUACCGAUGAUCGCCAAAUCGGUUCGUACGACUGCUUCGCGUGUAACCGAACUGUCCGUACGGCCGGCGGAUGAGACGCCCGAACAGAGGAAACACCGAAAGUCUGAACUCCGAGACUAUCGACGACAGAGAAGAGUGGAGAAAAAGGUCAACAAAGAGGCGUUCAAAACGGAAAGUUUGAGAUUAAAUAAAGAAGUAAUUAAUUUGCAGAAGAGUUUUAAUUCAGUGAAAAUUGUUUAGAA